CAGACAGGCAGGGAAAGAAGGCGGGCCAGUCCCUGAGAACAGGGACGGAAGUCUCUUACUGGACAAAACAUUCGGCUGUGAGGUGCCAGGGGCUGCAGGGGGCGCUGUUUGGCCUCCAGUGGGCUGGACGCUGCCAUUGCUCAACAGGUGUGCAAGGAGAGGCGGGAGUGAUGUCAUCGCCCGGGCUGGGAGCUGACAUCUGGACACACACUAGCAGGGGCUCCUGGGAGCUGGCAGGUUCAGGCUCCCGGGGCCGGGCCAGAACAGGUCCUGGGCAGCGCACAGGGAGACAAGAACCCUUUUUGUCACCCCCACCAAGAGUCUGUGGCACAAUCCCUCCCACCCUGACAUGUCUCCCUCUCAGACAAGGUGUCCCCAGGAGUCCUGCCCAACAACCCUGGCUCCUGCUCCAGACUCCGUGCCAACCGCUCAUGGCCUCUAAGCAAAACAAUACCAUCUCCACCCCCUGCAAAUUGUGGGGCCCUUGUGUGUGGAGGAGGAGGAGAGCUGCUCCAGCGCCACUCAGGGCAGGAUAAAUGUGGGGCAGGGAGGCAGGGAGCCUGCAGUAAGCAGGCUAGGACCAUGCAGCUGCUCCUGCUGACGGCCGGGCUGGGCCUGCUCUGGGCACUAGAAGGACAGAGGCCUCAGCUGGUGCCAGCUUCCAGUGGGCAGCUCCUAGGCAAGUGGCACAUCCAGCUCUGGGUGGGAACCUUGCCUAUUCCUGCCCAGAAGAGGAGCCACCCGCUGCCUCCCUUCACCUUUGUCAUGAACCAGCUCCAGAGGCUGGAAUUCAGGAUGAACCUCACGAAGCCCAUCGGAUGCCUACCCUACAAGAUGUCCUUGACCCUGGGCAAAAACCCUGGCUCUUUCUACACAGGGUGGCAGUACCACAUCAGCAUCACGUUCCUGCCAGGGAAGCAGUUUGCCAUCGCGUACUUCAGUGGCACCAUGGCCCAGACCUUCCACCAGAUGGUGAUGCUCAUGGGCCGCGCCCGGGAUAAGGACCCGGAGGCCACGAGGACCUUUGAGGAGUUUGUGGAGAGCAAAGGGCUAAACAGGAGCGACAUCGCCAGGCCCCCCCAAGUCGAUGCCUGCGAGCUCACCCCAGUCUUCUAGCACCCAGGGUGCACUCCGGCCCAGGAAGGAGCUGGCCCCAUCCAGCCACCUGUGAUCAGACCUGGGACCCUGGAGGCUGCCCUGGCCAGGCCCUGCUCCUGCUCCGAGACCUGCAACAAGGAGCCAGAGGCGGCUCCCGCUGUGUGUGCAGACACCC